CUCUGGCCAAACGAUGGGUGGCGCUGUUUACGUGCCUCACCAUUCGGGCCGUCCAUUUGGAGGUGGUACACUCCCUUUCCACUGAUGCCUGUAAGAUGGCGAUACGACGAUUCGUAGUGCGGCGUGGAUCACCCUUGGAGAUUAGAAGUGAUAACGGCACCAACUUCCUCGGAGCCAACCGUGAGCUACAGCAUCAGAUCCUGGAUAUGAACCAACAGCUAUCCGCCGUGUUCACCAACGCUGCCACCAAGUGGGUAUUCAAUCCUCCGUCCGCUCCCCACAUGGGUGGUUCGUGGGAGAGGCUCGUCCGGUCGAUCAAGAUCGCCUUUUCGUCCCUGAAUAGCAGCAGAAACCCAGACGACGAAACUCUUCUCACAUUGAUGACCGAAGCGGAAGGGAUAGUCAACUCUAGACCUCUGACAUUUGUAUCACUGGAAGCGGAAUCGCAAGAAGCUCUCACGCCAAAUCAUUUUCUGCUGCUGAGCUCGCAGGGAGUUACUCAACCUCCGAAGCCUAUAUCUGGAUGUUCUGAAUCUGUUCGGACCAACUGGAGACUGACCACUAACCUCGUGGACCAAUUUUGGAGCCGCUGGGUGCGAGAGUAUCUCCCGACCAUUGCUGGUCGUACCAAAUGGUACGGAGAGGUGAAAGAACCGAAAGUUGGAGACCUAGCUGUCGUCGUGGAUCCGUCUGUCCGAAACGGAUGGCUGCGAGGACGUAUUGUUUCCGUAAUAAAGGGGAGAGAUGGGCGAAGCAGACAAGUUCAAGUGAAGACGUCAGGAGGAGUGAUGCGACGACCAGUGACUCGGGUUGCCAUCUUGAACAUCAAGGCCUCGGAAAACACUGAAGCAGGAAGUAACGCAGUACCACCGGACUCGAUGGACGUGCAUUACGGGUAGGGGAAUGUUGAGGGGGCAAAUCACGCCACUGUUCACUUCAUAUCACCCUGCGCAUUUCAGUACCAUCAGCAUCGCUCCAUGACAGUUCGUCUGAUAACCGUCGAAAUACAGCUGUCAUAACAAUCCCAUACGUCUUCCUCAUACAUAUCUUUGCUAACCACAAAAAGGUAGAGUUCCAUCCGAGUGUUAAUAGAAAUUAAUAUUGAAAUCAAUUUAAGUCAUCCUGUAGUAAGCUUCGCUGUAUACAAAACAAGGAGACCAAAUCUUUGAGCUCGCUCACCAACAAUUCCCGCGUGCUGCAAAGAGUCGUCCGAAAAAACCCCAACAGUAUUAUUAGAGAGAAUAAAUGAUAUCGAUGCAGAAUGUUCUGAAGAUGAUCAGGAAAUUCUGGAUAUGGAAAACGACAAUACGGAAAAUUAUGAUCCAUUUGAAACCGACUCGAACACCGAUGAGAACGAAGAGAAUAUUUCGAACGUACGUAGACGACGAAAGAGCAGGAGAUUUUUAGUUAGUUCCGAUAGUGAGAAUGAGGAAGAGGCAAGCGAAAUUGCGAUGGACGGAACUGUUUGGCAGGAAGUAAAAAUAGGGUCUAAUCCUGGAAGAGCACCUGGUCAUAAUAUUUUUAGGGAAACAUCAGGUCCGACUGGGUACAGUAAACGUAAUAUUAUGAAAGGCGAAGUUAGGACGGCAUUUUGUGUGAUAAUUGAUAAGAAUAUAAUCGAACUUAUAAGAAAGUGCAUACAGGCAGAGGCAUUUAGAGUGUUGGGAUAUAAAUG